AAAAAAAACAGAUUCAAAGGGAAAAACAUAAAAAGGUGCUUUGGUGGGUUUUUUUACCAGAGAGAGAGAGAGUCAACGAAUAAAAUGUCUUGGAUCAGUGCGGAACCGUCUCGGAAUUUGUCUCUGUUAGAGAAUGGCGGAGGAAGUGAUAAACCGACGGCAGAGACGUCGAGGCGUGUGCGGAGAACGGUGUCUGCGUCGUCGAUGAUAAGGAAGAGAUCGGAUCUGAAGCUGAUCUCGAGAGUUCGUUGGGAAUUUGUGAGACUAAUCUUGACGAAUCUUCAAGAAGUUCUUCUCGGCACCAAACUGUUCAUUCUCUUCCCGGCCGUUCCUCUCGCCGUUGUCGCUCACCGUUAUAGAUGUCCACGUGCGUGGGUGUUUGCGUUGAGCUUGCUGGGAUUGACACCUUUGGCCGAACGUAUCAGUUUCCUCACAGAGCAAAUUGCUUUCCAUACCGGUCCAACAGUUGGGGGAUUAAUGAACGCGACUUGUGGGAACGCCACGGAGAUGAUAAUUGCGAUUCUAGCGGUUGGACAAAGGAAGAUGAGAAUAGUGAAACUUUCACUUCUUGGCUCUAUUCUCUCCAAUCUUCUCCUCGUCUUAGGCACUUCCCUCUUCCUUGGUGGUCUCUCUAAUCUCCGCAAACACCAAUCAUUCGACUCAAGACAGGGAGAAAUGAAUAGCAUGUUGUUGUAUCUGGCGCUCUUGUGUCAUACACUACCAAUGAUAUUGAGAUUCACAAUGCAAGGUGAAGACGAUGUAUCAGCUGUUGUUGUGUUGUCCAGAGUAAGCAGCUUCGUUAUGCUCGUUGCUUACUUGGCUUUCCUCAUCUUUCACCUCUUCUCUUCUCAUCUCUCUCCUCCUCCUCCUCCUCCUGUUCCUCAGAGGGAAGAAGAAGAAGAAGAAGAAGAAGAAGAAGAAGAAGAAGAAGAAGAGCACGUGUAUGACGAUGACGUGAGAAUCAAGGAAGAAGAAGAAGAAGCCGUUAUUGGAAUGUGGAGUGCGAUUUUUUGGCUUAUUAUAAUGACACUUCUCGUUGCUUUGCUCUCCGAGUACCUUGUCUCCACUAUCCAGGACGCAGCAGACUCGUGGGGAUUAUCAGUGGGAUUCAUAGGAAUCAUAUUGUUACCAAUUGUUGGUAAUGCAGCUGAGCAUGCUGGAGCUGUCAUCUUCGCCUUCCGUAACAAACUCGAUAUAACCCUUGGAAUUGCUCUCGGGUCUGCAACGCAAAUUGCUUUGUUCGUGGUACCAGUGACAGUGUUAGUGGCAUGGAUAAUGGGAAUAGAAAUGGACCUUAACUUCAACCUCCUUGAGACCACUUGUCUUGCCUUGUCCAUUAUUGUUACUUCCUUAAUACUGCAGGAUGGUACGUCGCACUAUAUGAAAGGCUUGGCUCUUCUCUUGUGUUAUGUUGUCAUUGCGGCCUGCUUCUUUGUCUCUAACUCACCCUCAACCGAAACCAAUACAACUAAUCACAGAAUGACGACAAUGUAAGCUAUAUAUGUUCAAUUAUUUAUCAAAUACUUUAUGCCACAUUUCAAUGAUAGAAGAAUAUAGUUCUUAAUGUGAAAAUAAUAAUAAUAAUAUACGAAUGCUUAAGCUUUAGGAAUCGAAGUUCGAGGGUAACAACAAUGAGUGCUAGCUUGUUCCCCAUCGAUCCAUAUAUAUACAAUAGUAAACAAAAAAACAUAUGAUAAAUCUAAGAAAACCAACUUCUAGAAUGUUAAAUCAUUUUCAGAUUCUCAGACUACUUAAUUCUAUAUUGUGAUAUAUGGUUCAU